AUGGAUUUUGUAGGAAAAUUUUAUCUUGGGGAUGUUGAAUUUAUGCUUAAGCAUGAAUUAAUUACCCCAUAUCGAAGUGUAAGGUAUCACUUAAAAGAGUACGUAAGACGUGGCCCAGAAAAUGAAAAGAAAUUAUUUAAUCUUCGUCAUGCUUCAUUGAGAAAUGUUAUCGAAAGGCCAUUUGGAGUUUUAAAGAAAAGAUUUGCAAUAAUCACAAGUGGCACUGAACCACAUUAUGACUUUGAAACUAUGACUGAAAUUGUGCUAGCUUGUUGCAUAUUAUAUAACUUUUUAAUGGGUGUAGAUCCUGAUCCACAUCUCAUAGCUCAAGUUGACCGAGAACUACAAGAAAAUAAUCCAGAAGAGGAUGAAGUAGUUCGACAUGAACAAGAUGAAGACUAUAGGCGAGGUGCCAUAUUAAGGGAUAAAAUAGCUGCUCAAAUGUGGGCUGACUGUCAACUAGGGCUCUGA